UCAAGGUGCAAGUCGGGGUUGGGGAGAAGACGAUGGGGCUGAUGCUGGGAAUGACCACUUCGUAAGAAGGCAUCUUGCUGCCUUUAUCAUCCUUGUGCUUUGGGGACAGGAGAUCAGGCUUGGUACUUCAGGCGUGGGGAAGCUUGCGAGAACCAGGAUUGCCUGGGAGAUGCUGUCCUUCUGGGAUGUGGCCAUUGAUUUUACUCCAGAAGAGUGGGAAUGCCUGGAGCCUGCUCAGUGGGAUCUGUACAGGGAUGUGAUAUUGGAGAAUUACAGCCACCUUGAUUUCUUGGGUCUUACUGUCUCUAAGCCAUACCUGGUGACAUUUCUGGAGCAAAGACAAGGUCCUUGGGAUGUGAAGAAACAAGCAGGAACAACACCCAAUAAUUAUAACAAUUAUAGCAAGACCACUGAUUGUAAUUCACUCCUUAUUGAACACCAGAGAAUUCAUACAGGGAAGAAACCCUACAAGUGUGAAGAAUGUGGUAAGGCUCUUAGUUCUCGCUCAACACUUUCUAUACACCAGAGACUUCAUACUGGAGACAAACCCUAUAAGUGUAAAGAAUGCCAUAAGACCUUCAGUACUCGCUCAUCACUUUUUAUACACCAGAAAAACCAUACUGAUGAAAAAACCUAUAAGUGUGGAGAAUGUGGCAAAUUAUUUUACUAUCCAUCAAUGCUGAAGCAACAUCAAAGAAUUCAUUCUGGAGAGAAACCCUACAAGUGUGAAGAGUGUGGCAAAGCUUUCUAUGAUCGUUCAUUCCUGAAGCAACAUCAAAGAGUUCAUUGUGGAGAGAAACCAUACAAGUGUGAAGAAUGUGGGAAAACAUUUUCCUCUGCUUUAAUCCUUAACCAGCAUAAAGGAAUUCAUUCUGGACAGAAAAAAUACAAGUGUGAAGAAUGUGGCAAAUCCUUUUGCUAUCCUUCAUUCCUUAAGCAACAUCAAAGAAUUCAUUCUGGAGAGAAUCCCUACAAGUGUGAAAACUGUGGAAAAAGAUUUUACUGUUCUCCACAUCUUCAGGAACAUCAAAAAGUUCACACUGGAGAAAAACCAUAUAACUGUGAAGAAUGUCACAAAGCCUUUCGUAAUCACUCAGCCCUUAGGAAACACAAGGCAGUUCAUACCGGAGAGAAACCCUACAAGUGUGAACUGUGUGGAAAAGGAUUCACUAAGCCGUCUGUACUCACUGAGCACAAGAUAGCUCACACUGGAGAGAAACCCUACAAGUGUGAGGAGUGUGGCAAAUGUUUUUCCUCUUCUUCAGCCCUUAAAAGGCAUCAAAGAAUUCAUUCUGAAGACAAUCCCUACAAGUGUGAGGAAUGUGGCAGAGCCUUUUCUACACUUUCUACCCUUACUCAGCACAAGUUUGUUCAUUCUGGAGAGAAGCCAUACAAGUGUGAAGAAUGCGGGAAAGCAUUUUCUUAUAAUUUUUCCUUGAUCCAGCACAAAUUAAGUCAUACUGGAGUGAAAUCUUAUCAGUGUGAAGAAUGUAAAAAAAUGUUUUAUUCUACUUCAAAACUGAAGAAACAUAGAAGACUUCAUUGUCAAGAGAAACUGUACAAGUGUGAAGUCUGUGGAAAAGCCUUUUCUAGUAAUUCUUCCCUGGUUCAGCACAAAAUAGUUCAUACCAGAGAGAAAUGCCACAAGUGUGAAAUGUGUGGCAAAAUGUUUGCCUGUACCUCAAAACUGAAGAGACACAAAAGAACUCAUUGUCAAGAGAAACCUUUCAAAUGUGAAGUAUGUGGUAAGGACUUUCGUACUCGCCCAGAACUUUCUGUUCACAAGAGAACUCACACCAUUGAGAAACCACACAAAUGUGAAGAAUGUGGAAAAACUUUUUGUACUUUCUCAUACCUUACUGUGCACAAAUUACAUCAUACCGGGGAGAAAUCGUGUAAAUGUGAAGAAUGUGGCAAAAUGUUUUACUCUACUUUAGACCUUAAAAAGCACCAAAAAAUUCAUACUGGAGAAAAGCCAUAUAAGUGUGAAGAAUGCCACAAAGCCUUUACCACACAUACAACCCUCAAGAGACACAAGACAGUUCAUUCUGGAGAGAAACCCUACAAGUGUGAACUGUGUGGAAAAGGAUUUAUUAAGCCUUCUGUACUUACUGAGCACAAGAUAGCUCAUACUGGAGAGAAACCCUACAAGUGUGAGGUGUGUGGCAAAGUUUUUUCCUAUUCUUCAGAUCUUAAAAGACAUCAAAUAAUUCAUUCUGAAGACAAUCCCUACAAGUGUGGGGAAUGUGGGAAAGCAUUCACUAAGCUGUACACCCUUACUCAGCACAAGAUUGUUCAUACUGGAGAGAAACCAUUCAAGUGUGAAGAGUGUGGCAAAGGAUUUUCCUGCUCUUCAUAUGUUAAGGUACACAAAACAAUUCAUUCUGAAGAGAAUAACCACAAGUGUGAGGAAUGUGGCAAAGUCUUUGUUAAUCAUUAUACCCUUUCUCGACACAAGACAGUUCAUACUGGAGAGAAAUCCUACAGAUGUAAUAAAAAGUUUACAUGUUUGUAGUCCUUCAAAGACAUCAAAUAAUUCAUUCUGAAUAGAAGUUCCACAAGCAUGUGGAAUGUGGCAAAGCCUUUGAUGAUGAUUUAUACUUUAUGCAGCACAAAUGAAUGUAUUGAGUAGGGAAGCUAUGCACAUGUGAAGAAUGGUGAGUGCUUUAACUCCCAGUCAACACCCUCUACUAUCAGUAAAUUUCAUUCUGCAGCAAACCAGUCCAAACAUGAAUGGAGUGACUGACACUUAGUGUUUCCUUGUAUCUUAAAUAACACAACAGUCUUCAUCCUGAAAAUCAAAGCUAUGUGAAGGAUGUAAUGAAGGUUUCAGUUAUUAUUCAGUCCUGAUUCAACCUCAGUAAUUCUCACCUGAGAGAAACCCUACUCAUGUGCAGAACAGGAUCAGGACUUAGUUGUUCCUCAUGUCUAUAUAAGAUUUGGAGAAUUCAUUGUGAUGAAGCCAACAAAAGCAAUCAACAUAGCAAGUUCUCUACCUUUUGUUCACACUGUAUAUAUCUGCAGAUAGUUCAUACUGUAGAAACACUCUACACACUCAAAAGCUGUCCCUAAGCCUUGGAUAGUAAUUCAAGUCUUCAUCAGCAACAAAGUGUUGAUAUAGGUGAGAGACUCUGCAGGUACAGAUGCCUUUGUUAGCUAGCUGCAGAUAUUCAUACCACACAACCCAACAUUAUCUGAAGGACUCUCAGUUAGCUAUUUGCUUCUAUCAUAUUAGCUUAUAAGCUUGUGUUCACGGUAUUUUCUUGAUUUCUAAGUGAUAUAAGAGAAGACAGCCAGGACAACCAGCACUACCCUGUACAGGAAUUCCUUUGUUGCAUAAGAAUUGUGGUGAACAUGAACCAGAAGAAGCAAGUAAAAAAGCAGUAUUCCCCAUGGUUUUUGCAUCACUGCCUGUCCUGGCUUGCCUAGAUGAGGAAUAGUAACUCAUAAUUUGAAAUAAACUGAUCAUUCCCCCACAUUGUGUUUGGUCCAGCCAUUUAUUAUCAGCCCAACAGAAAUCAAUCUAGGACAGCAAUGAAUAUGGAAGGCUUUUCAGUCUUCUUCAUAACUCUGCUAUUAAUAUCCAAUGACAUACUAGAGACAAUGUCCCACAGCCUGUAGAUGUGUCCAGCCUCUAGACCUGAGCAUCCACACUGCAGAGAAGCCCAAAGAAGUAAAGAAUAUGACCAAUUUUUUUUUAUGUUUCCCCAAAUCAACACCAAAAUUUUCAGGCUAAAGAGAAACCUGUGAAAUCAAAGACAGUAGCUAUGUGUGGAACAAUUGUUCCAAACUCAACAUGAGAAAUUUAGGCAUGAAGGAAAACUGACAUGCUCAGUUGAUAAGAGAACUGAUUUUUCUUAAUACCUUAGUGUCAGAGAGUUUGUUUGGUUUAGAAGCCCUACAGAUAUAAAUAGUGUGACAAAGCCUUAUGAACAAUCCUCAUUACCCAUGAAUAAAUUCAUAUUGUAAUGAAUCCUA